CGCGGCGUCACCGCCGCCGCCGUUGCCGUCGUUGCCGCGCGAAGAGUCGUGUGUGUCUCUUGUCGCGAUAACAGUCGGGACGAUGGGGUUAGGCUUUCGAUGGCGCCUCGUGUUCCUUCUGGUUCUUGGUCUGUUGCUCUGGCAGACCUCCAAGAUCUGGCUCGCGUUCCUGGAGGACGGCGCCGCCAUGCCAGAACUUCAGGACCAAGCGGCGACACCAUUGAGCGAAAAGGAUGGACCGGCUCCUCAGAAAGUACAUGUGGCUGUGUAUUACGAAGCGUUAUGCCCGGAUUCGCGCAGUUUCGUUUUAAAACAAUUAAAUCCAACGUAUCAAAAACUCUUGACGAACAUAGAGGUUGAGCUGGUGCCGUAUGGUAAGGCGAAGACGACAAAAACGAGUGAUGGGUAUCAGUUCAUAUGCCAGCACGGGCCGAUCGAGUGUCAGGCGAAUAUUAUACACGCUUGCUCCAUCGACGUCAUUAAGGAUCCAUCGGCACAACUGCAAUUUGUGGCCUGCAUGAUCGAGAAUAACAUUGACCCGAUACGGAUAAUGAAAACGUGCGCCGAGCGAAUAGCCGUUGAUCUGGAGUCUAUAAAGAAGUGUUCAAACACUGGAAGAGGGCAGGAACUCCUGGCAAAGUACGGAGAAAUGACCAAUUCCCUCGUACCGCGGGUGUCUUUCAUACCAACAAUUACUCUUGACGGGAAUUCUGAGCAUCAGGUGAGGAUAUUGAAAAACUUACUGAAGGAGGUGUGCCUGCGUUUCAAAGUUCCACCAAAAGAAUGUAUAUCGUGAGAGCACGCAUUGUUCACUGCUAGCAAAACAUAUCUGCAUAAUCAUCGAAUUUUGUUAUUAUGUUACACGAGUUUAAAAAAAAUCAUGUAUGAAAAAUAUAGUAUUUUUCAAAAAAAAUAAAAAUAAAAUAAAAACUGUUUCUCUGUUUUAUCUCUCGGUAAGACAAUUCUACAUCUUGUGUAAGUUCGCCCGUUAAUUGUUGAAGAGUAAUUAUACGAAAACAAUACGUAAUUUAUCUCUUCAUAUAGACGCAUAAUUGCACGGAAUGACGCAGUUGCAAAGUUUCUCCGUAGUCGUGUGUAUCGUAAGAGUUUUUCCGUCACGUCAGAUACACUUGGCUGUUUUUGUCAGGGAGAUAAAAUCGCUUGUAUUAUAGAUAAACACCAGUUUGCUCCCAUAUAAGUAUAUAGGAACAAUUUAUUAACUUAAUAUCAACACUUUAUACAAACUGUGCCGCUUUAUUUAUGUACGACAAGAAGUGAAGAACGCCUUUGAGAUACGGCAGAGAAUAUACUUACAUACACUAGAAACAAUUUUCGAAUUAGAAGUUCUGAGAAAUUAAGGAGCGUUAAAAUUGAAUGACUACAAUUGGUUAAAGUAAUAAAAAAGAAAAGAGCUCUAUGCUCGAAAUAAUCUGAUUAAAAAAAAGUAUUUCCUCAUUUUGCAACGUACAACGUUCUCACUUUGUUUAUAGCGCAACGAACUUGUUUGUUUAAAAAAUUGCGAUUAGCAUAAUCGAACGAAAACUCACUUCGUCGAUCAAUUUUACGUUUUUUUAUAUGUACACAUCGAAAUAAAUACAACGUUUGAUAAAAGCAGGAUGUGUCUUGGUACCUCCGCAAAUACGGUAUACGAUUUUUUUUUAAGAACAACAACGUAUAUUUCAAUAACAAAGAUCGAGGGGACGCUAAAUUAAAUAUUAGAAGAGCUAACGCUUCAAUAUUAUUCAGUAAAGAUUUGGCAUUGCCUCGAUGUUAACGUUCACAACAAGAGCUUCCAUGCGCCACUCUUUCUUUCGCUCGCUUUGUCUUUCUUUCUAUCUAUCUAUCCUCGGCGCGCGAAAAUUCUUUCAAUAAAUAGAUUUUGCGAUACGGAUAUAAAAUUACUAUUAUAUUAAAUACUGGAAUAGAGUCUUUGUAACGUAAGAGACUUAAUCGCUAGGUAUCAGUGUUCGAUGAAACGAAGCGGAUUUGGAAGCAUUUAGAUACAGAUGCCUGUCGAAUACUAACGACCACUUUUACAAAACGAGUGUGUUGACAAAUCUUUCUCAUUCUUAAUAAAGAGUGUAAGUGUGGAAAUAUACUUCAGGACACAGAAUAACCACAGUUUACAUAGAUCCAAUGUGUGCUUUUUUUUUCUCUCCCCCUAUUUUUUUUUCGGGUGUUUAAUGGGGAGCGAGUUCCUAAUUACAAUUAAUACCGUACUUUCUUGUAACCUAUAUCUAUUCUUCUCAAAAGUUUUCGAGGGUAGCGAGAAAAGUCAGAGAUAUGUAAAGUGGAUCCUGUUCACAGAGACACAAUGAAAUAUUCUCAUAGCAAAGUAUCUAGAUGCCAUCGAACACAAAAAGAGAUGGUUGCUGAAACGAGAGGUCCAUUAGUAAUGAAGGAAACGAAUCGAGUAGCUGUGACCUAAAAAUGAGGAUAUAUUUAUUUUAUCUUUUUUACUUUUUUUUAAUCUUUUUUUCUUUUUUGUUUAAUGAUCAAUGCGAUCUAGGUCACCAGAAAUACAAGUACUUCUCAUUUUGUUCACUUCAAUAUUAAAUAAUAAAGGACUGUGAAGGAAUUAUCUCUUUCAUUUUUUUUUUCUUAAUUUCUUCGUAAAUUAUUUUAUAUAUAUAUAUAUAUAUAUUACAUAUAUAUUAUGACUGAACCACCGACACGCAUGAUGUUUACGCUGUACGGCAUUUAUGUUCUUUGCUCUCAAGUUCUUAAGUAACAUUAUAUUGUACGGAUCGCACAAAAAUCACACCAGUUUCUCCGAUCUGGUUGGCUCCGUUUUUACGAGACUGGCACGCACCCCUGGGCGAAGAAAAGUAAUGCACCGAUCUCACUGUGGCCUUUACUUCCUUUAAUCCCCCAUCCCUAUUUUAUUUCUCCAUAGAUUUACAUAUCAACAAAAGUGGUGUCGACGUUCUCUUUUUUUUUUUUCGUUUUUUAAAUCUUUUUUGCGCGCAUGUAUGUAAGGCUUUCCCUUAGAGUGGAAGGCAAGUUUACAAAUAGGAGAUUAAAAUGGAACUGGAGGCAAAACGCACUUCGUGAAUAUAGUAUUAUAGUGUUUCUCUUUUUUUUCUUUUUGCUCUGUGUGUAUAAUCUUUCGUGUGUAUAGUUUCUCGCGUAAGUAUAGUUCGUAAAACGUUACGUGUACGUGUGAGUCCCGUGUGCACGAGCACGAGAGGCUGGAUGAUGUUGAUUCAAAGCGUAAGGAA